AUGGCAUCGUGCUGUGGUUGUUGUGGGAAGGAAAACGACGAUGCGACUUUAAAUAAUGCGGGAAAGGCGGAUGACGAGGUAUUUGAAACCGAGCCAGCAGCAUCUGAAUUGGAAUACAUCGAUGAAUUUCUGGAAUCUCGAUCCUCUAGCGGGAUAUCGAGGUCUGACUCUUCGUUGAAUGGAGAGGAACCAGUUGAUGAGAAAUUGACAGUGCUUCAGACUGCUCCUUCGGCUGAAUCUAGGAGGAGAAAUAUGGAGACAAUCAUUCCUAAAUUUGGAUACUGGAAUAUCCGAGGGCUACCCUAUUGGAUCGAAGGUGACAUCCGUAUUAGCGAAUCAAGUGGUAUAAUGCAGCAUAUUGCGGAGAAGCACAGAAUGUUGCCUUCCGAUGAGAAUAUUAGGAAGGAAUUACGCGAGGUAGAUGAUGAAAUCAACGAACUCCGAUCAGCUUUUGAGGAGUUUAGCAACGAUAAGGAGCAUGUAAACUAUCCGGAUUUCAAUUUGUACGAUUUGCUGGAUAUGUUGCGCACUCUUGCACCAGAAAUCUUGGCCAUUCAUUUGAACUUAGAAAAUUUUAUGUUGCGUUUUGAGCUUGGACAGCAAAUUCGCCUCUUAUUGACUUACUGUGGUGAGAAGUUUGACCAGGAGUUCUAUAUAGCUGGACCCGGUAUGUGA